AAAGCUAGUAUGUGGCACUAUAACUGGCAUUUAGGCACUUCUUCCACCGCAGCUAGACACUCACACCUCAGGUGAGUCAUGGUGCGUCUGCCUGGUCACGGCUUCACCGAGGGUGGCCUCACCCUCCUCCCGCUCAAGAUGACGUCAACAUCAUCAGCUGGAGACCCUGUAUGUAAACAAACCUUUGGCAGUUCAAACGACGGCCUGAACAAAGUGGUUCUUCUCUUCGGCGAUGAUUUGGAGAGUAAAGGCACUCUUAAGGAUUCCUUUGUGAACUACAUCUUCGACGUCGCGGUGACCGACACCCAUCGUCUCAUUCUGGUGAAUAAUCACAUCUUCAAUGACGAUCCAAACACUAUCUAUGUAUACAUAUUCAAUCAAUCGGGGGAUAUGGCCCUGCCCUUCAACCUAGUUCUGGUUGACGUACCCCCUUUAGGUUCCCCUACUGACACAGAGAGGGACGUGAGGAUCCUGCAGGACCUGGAGGGGUUCCUUCAACAAGAAUUUGGAACGACUAUGAUUGAUAGCGUCAGUCUGGUUACUCCUUCGUCUCAGGAUGUUCUUCGUCCACUCAUCAACACCUAUGAGCUACUCAGUCUUUCCUUUGAUGGACUUGAAGGUAUCAUGCAGAUACUUGUGUCAGACUCCACGUCUUAUAUGACUCUUCUCAACUCGCUCAAAAAAUCUAACAUCGAUUACAGCAAUUUGUUUAUCUUUGACAACGGGGAGACAGACGCCGGAAAUGUCAGCCCAGAAGAGUACUUCUUACUUCAAAUCUUCCACCACUUCGACUACCACGGCGUUAGCGAUUUCUUUCAGGAACUAAAAGAGGCUUCACCCUUGAGCCUGUCACUCGUGAGGCGACUGGAAGCAGGAAGUGUGGAUAUUUCCGACAUAUCGAGAUUACGAGUGAUUCAUCAGUUCACGGAAGUUGUUGGACACGUCGAUGGACUGGAUCUUCGUCAGCUGUUGAUGAAAGUGGAGCACCAGGAUGAAACACUAAGAAUAAAGAAGCUCACACUGGGAGAUGCCAACGACAAACCAACUAAAAUCCUCGUUUUGGUGGGGGACAAAACCUCGGGAAAAACGACCCUCGCUACGGCCAUGAUCAACCACAUCUUCGCCGUCAAAUUCCAAGACAACUUCCGCUUACUCGCUAAUGGCGAUCCGCUGCACCGCCUUCAUAAGACCCUAAAUUUAAAGAAAACUAAAUUCACAACGGCUUACACCUUCAACCUCCUGCCGAGACCCUACGACCGCCACAACCUCAUCAUCGUGGACACGCCGGGCCUGGGGAGCUCAGAGGAACAUGCUCACAACAAGAACAUAAUGACCCGCUUGACGACACUGUUAAGACAGACCUGCGGAUUUCACCAUUUUGACGUUAUAGGCUUCGUAGCACCAGCCAGAAUCGAAAAACUCUGAGUCUUACAAAUCCGUCUACAAGCACCUGUACUCGCUCCUCACAGACGAAGGGAAAGAAAAAAUCAUAGUCUUGGUUACGCAAUCCGACGCCAAAAGACCCCCAGUAAUCCAGGCUCUCAAUAAACUUGGGCUACCUUUCUCCACGGACUUUAAGUUUAACUCUCACACACUCUUAACAGACGUAUUCACUGUGGGUUCAGAAGGCGACACUCACAGAGCCAUCAGUGAACUGUACUGGAAGAUAGAACAGUUUAGUCUCAGCUGCUUCUUCGCUGAGCUGGGGGACUAGCCAAAGAUCAAACGUUCGUGAUACGCAGUGAUUCGAGUGUUUUCUCAGUUUCUUAAAAUUGCGUAUUGUUAUUGACCAAAAAGUAUAACCACCUUGUUCUUACUGUGGCUGCUGUCAUUAAUGCUCUUGUUAUUGUCAUGUUUAUUACUGACCCAAUUAUUGAUCUUUGAUGGUUUUACUUUAAUACUGUUUGUUUGUUUUUUUUCUCAUUACAAACACCAUCAUCAUCAUCAUCAACGGAACCGCCCAAACUUAUCGAAGAGAAUAUUUUUUAAGUAUAUAACCUAAACCAAAUUUUGAGAGGCAAACAUUACCAUGUCUAUCACAUAUUAGUGAGGGGGGAUAUACACUUUAGGUCUUCCAGCACGUAAGCAUACACUAUACAACAAUACUAUUAAGAAGUUAGGAUAAUGUACCUUUCUGCUUUUAUCACUGCUGUUAUCUAAACUUAUAAAAGCGACCAUUGUGUACAAACUUAACAAGGUACAUCAAUAAACUCUCCAUCUAAAUGAUUACACGAUCUCACACACAAACACACACACAAACACACACACACGUGAAACUUGCCACAUUGAGGGUUAUCAACUCUU